AUGUACAGUCACGCGAUCAUCGUCUCCUUCCUAAUAGCAACCGGUCUUGCCCAGGACAAGUUCUUUAAGAAGUAUGCAUUCACAAAAGCCAUGACAAACUGCUUUGGAGAUGAUCUCUACUACGCAGACCUGAAGCGACUGGCAGACGCGGAGAAAUUAUGCCAACAGCAACGCAUUUUCAUCAAAGGAAUGCCGCACCAUAUUGACGUACCAAUUUAUGCUCACCAGCAACCAGGAUACUACGCGGAUGUUGGAGGACAAACCGUCUACGUUCCUGUACAAUCCUACAGCCCAAACUUUAUCGCGACUGGACAACAUGAUGUUGGUGGAUCACACAGACACGGACGUCAUACUCAACAGCAACACCAACGACACUUAGACCGCUUUACACUCCAAGACUCCGUUCUCAAGGUCCAAGCUGCGCUCAGUAACUUCACUUGCACUCUCAGGAAGUUGAAAUACAUUGAUGAUAACCUCAACCUAAGAACAGAUACCAUCUUUAACGAUUAUUACAAGAUCCCAAUUGAUAACAACCUGAGAGAUGACCUCAUCGAGGGUAUCGAUUACUGCAACCAACUUGUGAGCUGUCUCCCACUCCAGAAGCUGAAAUCUCCUUUGCCCUUACCCUUGAUCCGCCUGGUCAGGUUCACCCAGUGCGAGAGAAAGACAAGACUAGGAGCCUGCUUCAAACAUGACCUCAGGAAAAACAUCAAUCAAUUUGACCUUUCGGGUCUUCAGGGAAUUGGAGGUCGCUCGAAUACAGUAGACCACCUGAUGACCAUCCUGGUUGGCGCAGAGUCUCUGGAUGAGCUGGAGCUUUACUGAAAAGCUCGUCACUCUCACCAGUCAAUUUUAGCGACAAUAAAGGGAUCUGAGAACUUCUGAAACCUCUAAGUAAACGGCACAAAGGAAAACUGAACCUCCAUCGAAUCAGAUCUACUGCAGAUGUAUAAAUUAAAUUCAUUACUGCUAUGGAGGGGUAACUCAUGAGGGAAAACAAAGCUCUGCGGAGUUGUCAAAUCAACCAUUUCCUAUAAGUAAAAUUAAAUGGCUGUAAACGUCUUGCAAGUUAAGUAUACUCAUCUUAGUUUAAACCAGACCACUGAGCUGAUUAACAGCUCUACUAGGGCUGGCCCGAAGGAUUAGAUAUUUUUACUUGGCUAGAAACCAAUUGGUUACUUAGCAACGGGACCUACAGCUUGUUGUGGGAUCCGAACCACACUAUAUCGAGAAAUAAAUUUCAAUCACCAGAAAUGAAUUCCUUUGAUUCCACGAUGGUAGAGUGGGGCGCCAACUUUUGAUACCCAACUACAUUACAUCCCCAAAUAGGGAUAAAGCUGGGAAGAAGACGACUCACUCUACAGUACAUCAAUCUCGGUUCAUACU